CCUACGUGCAUACAUUCGGAAUACGACCCUCCUUCGGGUUUACAUCAAUCGUAAGAAAGCAUAAGAAUUUAGUCUGAAAAUUUUUCGGUGAAUUUCUUGAACAAAUUUCACAGUUCCAUUUAACUGAAUAAAUAACAGAGAACGACAUUAUACAAAUUGUGCAACAGUACAAUAAAUUUGACUUCUUCAAGCGAAAAUUGAACUUGUGAAAAAAUGGCAGCGAGCGACAAAUCUGUCGAUGACUCCCUCUACCCGAUCGCUGUACUAAUCGAUGAGUUGAAAAAUGAGGAUGUGCAGUUACGUUUGAAUUCUAUUAAAAAAUUGUCGACAAUUGCUCUUGCGCUGGGCGAAGAGCGUACACGUUCUGAGCUGAUACCAUUUUUGACCGAAACAAUCUAUGACGAAGAUGAAGUGCUUUUGGCACUGGCCGAUCAACUCGGCAAUUUUACAAGUUUGGUGGGUGGACCAGAAUAUGCUAUGUAUUUAAUACCUCCAUUGGAGAGCUUAGCAACAGUUGAAGAAACUGUUGUGCGUGACAAAGCUGUGGAAUCAUUACGUACAGUGGCAGCAGAACAUAGCGCUCAAGAUUUGGAAAUACACGUUGUACCAACAUUGCAACGUUUGGUCUCUGGUGAUUGGUUCACUUCACGCACCUCAGCUUGUGGACUCUUCUCGGUUUGUUAUCCAAGAGUUACACAACCCGUUAAGGCCGAAUUACGUGCAAACUUCCGUAAGUUGUGUCAAGAUGAAACGCCAAUGGUACGUCGUGCUGCUGCAAGCAAAUUGGGAGAAUUCGCAAAAGUUGUUGAAAUUGAAUAUCUCAAGUCAGAUUUAAUACCGAAUUUUGUGCAGUUGGCGCAAGAUGAUCAGGACUCUGUGCGUUUGUUGGCCGUAGAAGCCUGUGUUAGCAUCGCCCAAUUGUUACCUCAAGAAGAUGUAGAGCAUUUGGUUUUACCUACUCUACGUCAAUGUGCCAGUGAUUCAUCCUGGCGAGUUCGAUAUAUGGUGGCAGAAAAGUUUGUAGACUUACAAAAGGCUGUUGGGCCCGAAAUUACACGUGUUGACUUGGUGCCCGCUUUUCAGUAUUUGCUGAAGGAUGCCGAAGCUGAAGUUCGUGCUGCAGUCGCUACAAAAGUAAAGGAUUUCUGCGCUAAUCUUGACAAAACAAACCAAGUUCAGAUUAUUAUGAAUUCAAUAUUGCCAUAUGUGCGCGAUUUGGUAUCAGAUCCCAAUCCUCAUGUCAAAUCUGCUUUGGCGUCAGUAAUUAUGGGUUUAAGUCCUAUGUUGGGUGCAUACAACACCGUCGAGCAUCUUUUGCCCUUAUUCCUUACACAACUUAAAGAUGAAUGCCCAGAAGUUCGUUUAAAUAUAAUAUCAAACUUGGAUUGCGUCAAUGACGUCAUCGGUAUUCAACAACUGUCACAGUCGCUAUUGCCAGCUAUCGUUGAAUUAGCUGAAGAUUCGAAAUGGCGUGUGCGUUUAGCAAUUAUUGAGUAUAUGCCCGCUUUAGCCGGUCAAUUGGGGCAAGAAUUCUUCGAUCAAAAACUGCGUGGCUUAUGCAUGGGUUGGCUGAAUGAUCAUGUGUACGCUAUACGUGAAGCAGCCACUUUGAAUAUGAAGAAGUUAGUUGAACAAUUUGGUGCCCAAUGGGCUGAGCAAGCAAUUAUUCCCAUGAUCUUGGUUAUGUCACGUAAUAAAAACUAUUUGCACCGUAUGACUUGUCUGUUUUGCUUAAAUAUGCUCGCUGAGGUUUGCGGCACAGAUAUCACAACCAAGUUGUUGCUACCCACAGUACUAUUGUUGGCCGCAGAUCCAGUAGCCAAUGUGCGAUUUAAUGUGGCAAAAACACUACAGAAAAUUUCACCUUUCCUUGAAGCUAGUGUUAUCGACUCACAGGUGAAACCCACCCUUGAGAAGCUAAAUGCUGAUCCAGAUGUCGAUGUAAAGCAUUUCGCAUCCGAAGCGAUUGCGGGCAUAGCUGCAGAAAUGGAAUUAGACAUAUUUAGAAGUGUUAUACCACCAGUUGAGGGUAAAGUGAAUUCUGCAGCCUUAAUGGCUAAACUGGCUGUACAGCCGCCAACAGAAAGUACCGUAGAGGAAGCAGACGCAUUUAAUUCGUAAUCACUUAAAAUUCAACAUUUUCAUUUCAAAUUUUUUAUCAUUUUUUUAAUUUAGCCGAAGUAAAAAAUGGCAAGGAUUAAAUAAUAGUGGUGGCUCAAAACUUUAAACAUCAACGCGAAAUCAACAUGCAUUAAGAGCUGUUUUAUUGAAUAUAUAUAUGCAGAUUAUUACUGUGCGAAGCAAAUGAUAAGAAUAUUACAUAUUUAAGCAUUACAUCAAAUUAUAAACAAACAAACAAAAAAAAACUACAACAAGAAAACGGAUUGCACACAAUCUUUAUUAUUUAAAAUAAACUGAAAAAGAAUAUCAAUUGUAAGAAGUAGUUCACUCAAGUGCAUACAAUAAUACAAAUAAAAUUAACUUUACAUUGAUGUUA